AUGCCGAAGCGUCGCGCAUUGUCAGCAAGCGCAGUUGCAAUCGACAAUAUCAAGCGCGCGAAAGUAUCUAAGCAGACUGUGAAUGAAGCCAUCAUCAACAACCAAAAGCAGAGCGCUUUCUUCGCAAAGCUGAACUACGAUGUUCGCUGUGUCAUUUACGACCACUUGUACGAGCACCUCCCUCCACUGGCUCGGAAGUGGCAUGCGAAUGGAGUCCCUCAAGAUGACUGCUGCCAAGGACUCAUCCUCUCGUGCAAACUAGCAAAUAUAGAACUAUUAGACGCAGCCGGCCGACACUGGAAGACGUACUUGAACGGCUUUCAAAAGGAGUUUGAGAUAUACUAUGGAAAGCCCAUCACUAUCCGCCGAGACAUUCCCAUGCAACCCGGCUGGGGAGCACUGCGGUCUGUUACGCUCUCGAUUGUUGUGAAGUAUCUGCACUCUCGAAAGGAUCACCCGCUCGGAUUUCAACAUCGACUAGAUAUCGAUGUGAGACUUCGACACCCAUUCAACCCGUUGCGGAGGCUUGUGGAGCGACCGUUCGACAAGGUAACGCUGCUAUUUACUUGUCCCGAGAUCGAGAGCGCUCCACCGGAAGAUGUGAUACGCAGCUUAUGGCAUCAUUUGAAGGAGAUGCACGACGAUGUCGGUGAAAUCAUAAGUCUGCAGUGUCUAAGAUUCAUGUGCGAGGAUGACAGGGACAAGUUACAUGGGAACCUGAAUGCAAACAAAUGGGGUGGUGCAAAUGACGAGCAUCGCUUCGCUCGUACACAGUGGGAUCGCCUGUGCUUACCAAGUUUUCUGGGUGACACGAGGAGCUAUGGGGGAGACUACGACGAAGCACACACCGUAAAGCGAAUCCAAACAAAGGAGAUUGCAUUCGCAUGGGACUAUCGAGGCUCCAGUGGGCCGCUGAAUGGGAUCCUCCUAGGGAGGAAGCGGCGCUACCAGCAGGCCCGUGUGGAAGAGCUAGCCCAAGAGGAUUUGUUGGACCUGCCGAUGGACAUUGAGGAGUACGAUAAGGAGUGGCCAUACAAAUGCUAUCUUGAUCUGCAGUGUUGGGACGGUAUCCGUAACAACGAUUCCGAUUCUUUGGCCGGCAUGUGGGUUAUAGGGCAUCCAAAACGAUGGAUGCUUGCCUCACUAGAGACAAUAGAUGAGCAAUUAGAUUGGCACGGAGUAAGGCAAGGGCUUGACCAUGGUAGAGUGGAGGAGGUGGAGUGCGAAGGUGUUGGGAAGCCGAUCGUGGAGCGAACGAUUGAAGCAACACCUUAA